CCAGGAUCCGUUUAUGCAGUGGCUUGGGAGGCACGUGGAUCCUGAGGGAGUCAUAAAAUCCAGCAAGCUCUCCCUUAAGUUCGUCUCCUCCUACACAUCUGAAGCAGAGAUCACCCCGUCUUCCAUCCCUGUGGUCACCGACCCCAAAGGCUUCUCAUCAGAGCACUUUAACCUAGAGACCUAUCGACAGAAUCUGCAGAGCACGUGCCUCGGGAGAGUAAUUCUGUUUGCAGAAGUGACCUCUACGACCAUGAGUCUCCUGGAUGGGUUGAUGUUUGAGAUGCCGCAGGAAAUGGGCUUAAUCGCCAUUGCAGUUCGGCAGACCCAGGGCAAAGGAAGGGGCCCGAAUGCCUGGCUGAGCCCCGUGGGAUGUGCCCUUUCCACUCUGCUGGUCUCCAUCCCCCUAAGGUCACAACUGGGACAAAGGAUUCCAUUUGUCCAGCAUUUGAUGUCGCUGGCCGUGGUGGAAGCAGUGCGGUCUAUCCCGGAGUAUGAGGAUAUCAACUUACGAGUGAAGUGGCCCAACGAUAUUUAUUACAGCGAUCUCAUGAAGAUCGGCGGGGUUCUGGUUAAUUCAACACUUGUGGGAGAAACAUUUUAUAUCCUCAUUGGCUGUGGAUUCAAUGUGACUAACAGCAAUCCUACCAUAUGUAUCAACGACCUCAUCGAAGAACACAAUAAGCAGAACAAGGCAGGCCUGAAGCCCUUACGAGCCGACUGUCUCAUAGCCAGGGCUGUGACCGUGCUGGAGAAACUGAUUGACAGGUUUCAGGACCAAGGGCCCGACGGCGUUCUCCCCCUGUAUUAUAAAUACUGGGCUCACAGUGGUCAGCAAGUCCGCCUGGGCAGCAGCGAGGGGCCACUGGUGUCUAUCGUGGGUCUUGAUGAUUCCGGGUUCCUGCAGGUCCACCAAGAGGGCGGUGGGGUUGUGAGCGUGCAUCCAGACGGCAACUCCUUUGACAUGCUGAGGAACCUCAUCGUGCCCAAGCGACAGUAAAUGCCGCCUCCACAUCCCCAGACAGCUGGGGGUUGCCGCUGUGCAGCAGUGGUGGCGGCAGCAGCAGGGAAACUGCUCCCGGGAUGUCCUGGGAGGUCAGAGCAGGCCUGUUCUGCUUGCUCUGCUGUCUCUGCCUGCCUAGGGCCUGGGAAACUCAUGCAGUCAGACCAGCGCUGUUGUUAACUCUUUAGGUUGCGGGUUCCCCGCCCCCACCCCCGUCCCACCCCUGGGAUUGGGUUUUUGAUUUUUAUCUCUGUGGUUUUAUUGGGUGUAUGAAGGGGCAUCUGGUGAGGACUGAUGGAUAGGUGAAGAAGAAUCAGUUUAGCUUAGGAGUUUAGUUUGCCUUGCGUGUGUAGAAGAGCUCUUCCCCACAUGGCCUGGAUCUGUGUGUACUGGGGGAGAAUGGGGAGCAAGGGGGUGGGAAUAGUGAUGAGAUUAUACAGAUACCCCAAGGAGU